GUGCAGAACUUUGAGCGACUGCUGCGAGCCAUCUAUGCACCUCAAAAUAUUUAUUGUGUCCAUGUGGACAAAAAGUCAGAGGCCUCAGUCUUCUCUGCCAUCUGGGCCAUUACUUCCUGUUUCGAGAACGUCUUCAUGGUCAGCCAGGCUGUGGAUGUGGUCUAUGCUGCCUGGCCACGCGUCCAGGCUGACCUUAACUGUAUGGCUGAUCUCUACAACACCAGCACAAAGUGGAAAUACUUCAUCAACCUUUGUGGUCAGGAUUUCCCUUUAAAAACCAACUUGGAGAUUGUUAGGAAGCUGCGUUCACUGAAGGGCGCUAACAGCUUGGAGUCAGAAAAAAUGCCUGAAGGAAAGAAGUGGGAGGGUCAAAUGUUCACCCAGAUAGUUGAUGGGAAAUAAAGGUACCUCCUGAAAGGGAAAGGAGCCACCCUCCAUUCAACCUGCCCAAUUUUGUCAGGAAUUGCCUACAUUGUUGUUAAUCGAGGCUACAUCCGCAGUGUGUUGGAGGACAACCGAGUACUGGCACUGAUCGAGUGGGCCAAAGAUACCUACAGUCCAGAUGAGUUUCUCUGGGCAACCAUUCAGCGAAUCCCUGGUGUUCCUGGCUCAAGGUGGCCCAACCCCAAAUACGACAUGACAGACAUGAAUGCGAUUGCACGGCUGGUGAAGUGGCAAUGGCAUGAGGGGUCACAGGGUUCACUGGAGGCGGUGUACCCGGAGUGUCGAGGCACCCAUGUCAGGGCAAUAUGUGUGUAUGGUGCUGGAGACCUGCAGUGGAUACUUGAGCAGCAUCACCUCUUUGCCAAUAAGUUUGACAUAGACACAGAUCCCAUUGCUGUCUACUGCUUGGAGAAAUAUCUUAGACAAAAAGCACUGGCUGAGUUACUUUAGAUCUAUUGGAGAUUUUUUCUGCUCCAGAUUAUUAAGAUAAAACAAUUUUCAAUAUGUAUUUAAAGGUUGCAAGUAUAAGAUUCUGAAGCAUUUUAUGAGUGAACCACUUUUUAUUGUAAAUGGUUGAAUAGAUUGUAAUGUAACUUAAAAAAUGAGACCUUCCCCAACUCUUUGGGUUUAUAUGGGUUUAUAUGUAGGGAUGCUGGUGGGAUAUUCUUCAAAUUAAAAGUUAUGUGUACUUUCGGUUAAAUGGAAGUCAUCACUAUAUUGAUGACACAUAUAUAUGAUUCCAGUGAAUGUACAUAUUUGAACUGAAUA